ACGAUUCCUGAUGACAAAUCUUUUAACUUUGCCUCUGGCGGCUUAACGCCUCUGUUGGCUAUCUAGUUUGUCUUACUUAACUUUGACGACUAUAGGAGGAUCUGUUCCGUCCUCUUAAGAACUAGGAGAUCCUAUCAAGGUGAAAAGCUAAGACUGAGAGUAUUUUACUCUCACUUGGCUUGACCGUAAUGUGCAAUUUUGCUUCUGAUUGACCAUAAUGUACAGUAUUCUCCUGUUGAUCAUGUUGUACAUUUUGUGUUACGUGUAGCCCGGUACUUCCAAAAGAGAGCAUAUAAAAGUUUCUCUUUCGUCGUAGGCCAAACGGUCUUGCACAUAUAAAUUCACUUGAAUGAACCGUUAAACCGUGCUAAUAGCAUUACCCAUGUCCAACCAAAGUUCAUGGAGUGUUAACGCGAUCGGUCGCUUCUUGCAUCAUUCCCCACGGACCAAGACCCUGACAUCGAUCAAGAAAUGGCAUGCCCACCUGCUCACAACGGGGUUACUUCUCUUGUCCCCAAGCAUCCAAGCCAAACUCAUCUUCUCAUACGCUGCAUGCGUUCCAAGAACCAACCUUCAAAUAUUGACUAAGUUGUGCAAGUUCUUGAUCCCCAACAGAGACCCAGUACCCUUCAAUAUUCUGAUAUCUCAGUUUGCUCGAAAUGGGUUUGCCCCAUAUGCACUAAAGACCUUCUCUUUCAUGCAUUUCAAUGGUGUUCUUUUAGAUUCAUAUGCUCUAUGCAGCACUUUGACGGCUUCGUCCGACGAUGAGGGUGUUAUUUUCGGUAAACAGAUGCAUGCCCUCAUCUUGAGGUUAGGUUGGUCGUCCAGUGUUUUUGUUAAUGGUGCUCUGAUCGAUUUGUAUGCAAAAUCAUCAUUGGUUGAUGAUGCGGCACAGCUGUUUGAUGAAAUUCCUGUAAAGAACACUGUUUGUGCCAAUGCUCUACUGUCUGGUUAUAUCGAUGCUAAGAUGUGGUCAGAGGGGCUCAAAGUGGCUAGAAACAUGCCUCUCUUGAAUUUACAUCAGGAUCAUUUCACAUUGUCAGCGAUGUUAAGGGCAUCCACUGGACUGUCUGCAGUUGAGUUGGGAAGGCAGGUUCAUGGCUGCCUUGUUCGCACAGUUUACGAUUCUGAGAACGAUUUGUUUUUGCAGAGUUCACUGAUUGAAAUGUAUGGUAAAUGUGGCUUAGUAGAAAAGGCUUGUCAAGUAUUUGCUUUGGCUGGAAAUGGAGGAGAGGGAAAGAAUGACCUUGUUCUUUGGACUUCCAUGUUGGAUGCUUACGGAACAAAUGGUUGUUAUGGCAAGGUGAUAGGAUUGUAUAAAGAAAUGCUGAUAAAAGGGAUCAAGCCAGAUGAGGUAGCCUUUGUGACUGUUAUUGCAGCUUGUGCUCGAACUGGUAAAGUGGCACUUGGGAUUGAAUUUUUCGAAUCAAUUCGAAAUGAGUACAACGUGAAGCCUACCCAAGAGCACUACAGUUGUCUGGUGGAUCUUCUUUCUAGGGCAGGUGAGUUGGAUAGAGCAUGGAAGCUUCUUGACGAGAUGCUUCAGAAGGGGUUUGGCGGUACUGAUUCGAUGUGGGGGGCUCUUCUCAACGCUUGCUUGGACAGUGGGAACGUUGAACUGGGAAAAUUGGCUGCUCAAAGAGCACUUGAGUGGGAUCCUCAAAAUGCUGGAAUUUAUAUAUUGCUAUCAAACUUAUAUGCUAGAUUUGGCAUGUGGGAUCAGAUUGGAUCGUUGAGGGGAUUAAUGAAAGAAAAAAGGUUGAAGAAAGAUACUGGAUGUAGUUGGAUUGAGGUCACAAAUUAAAUUGGGUUCGAUUUGGAUAAACUAUGAAGAAGUGGUUUCUACUUCUGCUUGGAGUAUGACCAUGCUUAAUUAAGCGUAGUUCAAAUGGCUUUCUUGCAGAACAGCUUGAAAUUGGAGGCAUAGAUGCACGUACAAUAUACAGAGAUGGACUGCAUUUCAAAGAGAAAGCUGAUAGGAGAACCUGGCGUAUGACUUUGGAAUUAGACAACAUUCUUAAAAGUCAAAUGUCUUUGACAAGGCUCAGUCUGUCAAAUUGAGAUUUCAAGUUGAACGAGUCUUCACCAACGGCAAAAUGACUGUCAAUGAGCCUGCGACAACCUUGACAAAGUGCCACGGGGGGUUACCAGAUGCUAAACCAUCUGCUUCCUCAUACUACAACCACGGAACUUUAAGUUGGAAAGGCUAAAUUGAGAAAUGAAAAUGGGUUCAAAUCAAGCCACUCUCGCCUUUGGACAGGUCACCGACAGUCUUUAGUUUCUAGUGUGUUUGAAGGUAGGAUGUCAAUCACUUAGAAUAACCACUUCUCCAAGCAGGUGAUGUAUUAUGUGUGCACAGGGAAUUCUCAUGAAAAUUAGAAAGCAUGGAUGGAAGUAUGAUGUAGUUGUUUGCUUGCAUCUCGCUUUUUUCAUGAAAUGAUUUUUCAGUUUACUCCUCGGAUUACAGGUGGAAUUUCAAUUGUUGUUUGUAUGUCCUUAUUUUGUGCGACAUUUCUCACUCCUUGUAUAAAAUGAUUCUCCAGCUUUGGCCAAUGUUCCUUCAAUUUCAAGUGAUUACUUCCUACUUUGAAAUGUUCAAACGGGUACCGGCCGGUGCAGGUGAAUUGCCGAUUUAUGCUCUUUCCUCGCUUAAAGGGAGCUACCCAGAGGUACCAUGUGCAGAACACAUUACCCCCAUCUGGCUUUCAGAUGCUCAUGUGGAUCAGUAUUCAUUCGUAAUCUUAUUGUAGAAUCUUUUGUCAAGUACUUGACCUUACAAUGGUGUCCUUGAGAUGAGGGUCUAGUCCAUGUCAAUAAAGUUGAGGACCCUUUUGAAGGUACUUCUGUUAGUCAUUUUUGAUGUUCUGAGGAAAAAAUAAAAAAGACAGGAAAUGGUGAAGGGGUCAUCCACUCUGGUUUUAGUAACCUGUCCAAGUACUGUCAUGGUCAUUUCAUCAUAAUUCCAAUUUGUCACUCAUCUUGGGUUCGGUUUUUUUAGUCAUUAGUCCACACGAACCUCCAGGUUUGGCUCGUGAGACCUGGAUCGAUAGUCUUCUCCUGCUCACAGCGAGGUAAUUAUCACCUUGCCCCCUUGCAUUUUAAAAGUUCUUGAUUUCCUGCUUCCCAGUUUUAGCACCGUGACUCCUUGCCAAGUGAAGCAAAGCCCUCGAACUCAUGCAUUUACGACGCGUUCAAAGUUGAGAUGGUUACUCAUAAGUUGUUUUCAAGUAGAUGGAAUGAUCUCAUCCUCUCAGAGGACAUUACUUUGUUGUCCGGAUAUGGAGGUUUUGGGGGCAAGGUAACAUGGCCUUCAUGUGCCAAACGCAGCCUCAGUCAGAAUCAACUCCAAAAGGAAGAAAAGAAUCGUGCUUGUCCUUGGCUAUGGUCCUGCGGAUCACCGCAUGUCACUGGAGUGAGAAUGGUGGGCCUAUGUACUUGGUUUUGUUGUACCAAAGCAAUCUCAUUCACAGAACAUGAAGGCCUUCAUA